AGUGGGCAAUCUUCAUUGGGAUGUCAUCUUCUAUGUACUCAGUAGUAACAUCAUUCUCAAGGAAUUAGUUAAUUCGUCGAUAAUAGUGUCUUUCAAAUCGACAUUCGUCAACAACAUGAAAACCGGAUUGGUCGGUUCCAUAUCGGUAUUGAUCGGUGUGAUCAUGCUCUUCACCAACAUCAGCCACACACCGACAGUCAUCUGGUUCUUUAGGAACUGCGUGCCUGAUCUCUCGAGCAAGUUGAAAUUGGAUCCAUGUUUAUUGAAUAUCUUGAUCAAUGUGUCGGCCACUUACUCCUUCCUCUUUCCAAUCUCCAGCACGCACUGCUUGAUCUGCUACCUGUCCGGAGGGAUCACUAAGAAGGAUAUGGUGAUCUCUACAUUCGAAUGCGGUAAUAACAACAACGGUGUCAUGCACCUCAACCAUUACACCAUUCAGCUGAUCAUUCAAUUUGCGAACGGAGCAGUUAUUAUGACAGUAUGUUUCGUAACAUUUUUCGCCAGUUUCGCUCAACUGAUUCAAUUCUUCGGAUUAGAAUAUUAUUCACCUAAGUACGAAGAUGAACCUGCCAAGAAUGGCAGCUUGUGUGUCUUGAAGUUUGGGCUCAGGAAAUUUUUGUGACAAACUACUUUUGAAAAAAAUCAGAUACUUUAUUAUAAAGCGCUGCAUAAUGAGCACUUGCAGUUGUUUUUUUUUUAAUUUCUCAUAACCAAAUAUUUAAUCGAUUAUUAAUUAUUUGGCUUGAGUGGUUUCUAUUGUUUCGUGAAAUUAUUUGAAAGUGUGCUUCCUAUUUAUUUAAUAAAUGUUA